AUGGUGAGCAAAGACGCUGGUAAAUGCCCGCUCACCAACUCUGAGUCAGACUCGGAGGCAACGGCAGCAUCCAUGGCCCUGGAGGUCAAAGGAUCAUUGGAUGAAAGCCGGCAGGUGCGCAAGCGCAACAAAGCCCUUCAGGUGCGCUUCAAGGACAUCUGCGAGGCGCAGAAUGAACAGGCUGCUGCGGCCCGAGGGGGGAAGCCGAUCUACAAGGUGGCGUACCGCAAGUACAUGACUGUCCCAGCUCGUAGAUCAAUCCCCAAUGUCACCAAAAGCACCGGAGUGCAAACAUCACCGGACCUUAGGAAGCGUUACCAGACUUUUCCAUUUGAGAGGAAGAAAGGACAUACGGUCAAGCAUGCCGCUGUGGUGGAGAGCUGUAAGGACCAGGACGAUGGGUUUGUAAUUGAUGUGAAGAGGGCGAAAGCUACCGAGGCAGGUAGGGAGUGUGUACCCACUCAAAAUCUGAGGAAAACAAAAGCAUUAAUGCACACCAGCAAGUGCGUCACAACCAUAGAGCAGCAUCCACAAGCCAGGGACUAUCUGAAGAGAACAGACGGGCCUUGCUCGGACGCUCUGGUUCUCCCUUGUCCGACAGAUGGGUCAACAGCAGGUACGGACAACUCGGACUAUCAGAUCUGUAGCGUCAGAAGUAAACACAGUAAGGGCUUUCAGGGAGACUCUGGAACUCUUGAUCGCUCAGGCAAGCUGCAUUUGCUGAACUCUGGGGAGAGCGGUGGGAAUAUUCUAGAGGAUUCCUCCUCCAAAGUGACAGGACCCAUCGCGUGGAACUCCCUCACGCAGGUGGAGUGCCUGGAGAGUCCAUCCGAGCGGACCAAACGCAAGAAGACUCUGCAGCUCAAUGGCCUGCAGUCACAGACACUGCCACGGACCAGGUGCACUACGCAGGUCCAGUGUCACGUGGGCACGCUGUCUGCUCGACCGCUGGGGGCCGUGGAGGCGGCAGUGCCGUUGACCCCAGCUUCUUCGACAGCCGUUCCCAUGCCAGCGCCUCCAUGCAGGGGCGGCACAGGAUCAGGAACUCUACAGACUGAUAAUGAGGUGUGCAAGCAGAUAGUGCCUGUCAAUCAGGAUGGGGAAGUUAAAGCGCAGCUCCAAGCCAUGGAAAACAUGAUCAGCUCCAGCCAAGAAACCAUCAAAGUGCUGCUGGGUGUCAUUCAGGAGCUGGAAAAAGGAGAAGCUCAUCGAGAAGGGCUCUCCUAUCGGACCGGACAGGACACGGCCAACUGCGACACGUGUCGGAACAGCGCAUGCAUUAUUUACAGCGUGGAGCUGGACUUUAAACUGCAGGAAGAUAAGCUCCAGCCUCUGAUGAAGAGACUGUGUCCCACCGAGGAGUCCCCGUUUCCCCCUCUGACGUAUCCUCAGGAGACCAUCGGCUCCACGCCCAAACGCAAGUCCAAAGCGGAGGCCAAGAAACACGCGCGCUGGAAACUCUGGUUUCUGUGACCGCUGGAUUACAUACACAGCUUCCCAUCAUAUUUUCAG